UGGCGGGGCCCCCCGCGCCACUCACUCGGCGGGAGACGCCCGUGGUGCUUAUGCGUACGGGACGUGAAAGCCUUUUGAGACUAACUGCUCACGCGUUAACUGGUUAACUUGUUUGGUGUAGUUGACUUUUGGUGUAGGGAGGGGAAGGAAGGAGUUUGUGUGACGGAGUUAAAAAAAAGUUAACUUUUGUCAGUUUCGUUAAGUGUAAGUCGAAGAGACAGGCCCGAGUUUCGUUUUUUUGUUAUAAUUCCAACUUUUGGCUGACGUCAGUGUCGGAGUGCGUGAGGAGAGGACACGUACUCGAGUUGCGUGUUCCUCGCAAACCACCAGCGACUUCGGUUUAGGUUCGACACACUCCUCGUCGCGCUCUUACUACUUAGAGCCAGUCGCAGUCUAUCGAGCAACCCUAACCCCCCCCCCCUGCCCCAAACUUGAACGUGUCGUCUUCAACACCGGGGACUUGACUUCAACUUAUACCCGAGAAGCCGAGGAGGGAACGGAGCAGAGGAGUUUCCCGCGACCGGCGUCUUCCACCACCUGUGUCGUCCAGAACCGCGCGGGGAGCAGCGGGUGGCGGUGUCACCACCCCACCUCCCCCAGUGCAUGAACUCCAGGAUGGAAGCGACCUUCUACCACGACGACGCUCUGAACGUGGUGGCCCCUCACGCCGACUCCACCCGCUCCCUGCACUCCUCCUUCUCGUCCUCCUCCUCAUCAUCCUCCUCAUCGUCGUCGUCGACGUCACCGUCGACCUUCUCCUAUGGCUACCGCUCGGCGAACGCAAUGAAAAAGAGCCUCUCCCUUAACCUCUCGGACCCGGCCAGGGCCCUCAAGCCUCACCUGCGAGCCCCGGGCAGCGGCGGGGAGACUGCGGCGGCCGCUGCUGCGGCGGCUGCGGCGGCGGCGUCAUCCAGCAGCGGAGGAGCCGGAGGCCUCUUGAAACUCGCCUCGCCCGAGUUGGAGAGGCUCAUCAUCCACUCGAGCAACGGCCUGGUGACCACCACGCCGACGCCCACGCAGUUCCUGUGUCCGCGCAACGUGACGGACGAGCAGGAGGGCUUCGCCGACGGCUUCGUGAAGGCUCUGGAGGAGCUGCACAAGCAGAACCAGCUGCAGGGCAUCCCCUCGAGCGGAGCUGGGACGGGAGCGACCGCCGCCUCCGUCACGGUCGCGGCCGCCGCUGCCGCCGCCGCCGCGGCCGCCGUGGCCGGUGCCGGCACCCCGCUGAGCCCCGCCACGGCGCUCCAAAUCGGGGCCAUGGCCGCAAACUUUGGCAUGGAGGCGCCCGUCUACACGAACCUGACCAGCUACCACCAGCACCACCAUCAUCACCACCACCACCAGCAUCAGCAGGGAGGUGGUGGCGGUGGAGGAGGCCCGGCCAUCGGUGGUGGCGUGCAGCCGCCGGCCACGUACCCCGGUGGUCCACCCUCAGGCUACCAACCUCGGCUGUCUCUGCAGCAGCAGCAACAGCAGCAGCAACAGCAGCACCCACGCCUGCAGGCUCUCAAAGAAGAGCCGCAGACGGUGCCUGAACUUGGCAGCAGCAGUUGCUUGGCCAUCGGCGGCGGCGGCGGUGGCGGCAGCUCCGUGGGCACGGCGAGCGCGUCGCCUCCGCUGUCGCCCAUCGACAUGGAGUCGCAGGAGCGCAUCAAGGCGGAGCGCAAGCGGCUGCGCAACCGCAUCGCAGCCUCCAAGUGCCGCAAGCGCAAGCUGGAGCGCAUCGCGCGCCUCGAGGAUCGCGUCAAGGGCCUCAAGACGCAGAACGCCGAGCUGGCGGCGUCGGCGGGCGCCCUGAGGGAGCAGGUGGCGCGGCUCAAGCAGAAGGUGAUGAAGCACGUGCACGGCGGCUGCCAGCUCAUGCUCACGCAGCAGAUGCAGCACGGAUUCUGAGCUCGUUUGUGACUUGGCUGCCGACGAUCUUUGCGUGCCCCACCACGCAACGGGACGGGCUCUUGACGGACGGACCAGCAAGAGAUGGGAGGGGUGGGGUGGGGGGUCCUCACGUUGGUGAGGACACGCGCACACACGCGCGCACACACACGUGCGUGUGUGCGCGCGUGUCAGAGUUGCUGACACAGCAGCAGCAGCUGAAUCAUCACGGGAGCCGUGGUGGACUACUUGAAGCCAUCUCAGAGUGCCGUGUGUCCGCUAAACCGCGCGCCAAGUAUUGGCGUGGCGAGCUGCUGCGCCUCGCCAGUCGUGACGGACACGCCGGUGGACUGACUGUGUGUGUCCCGCACGCCUGCAGAAGACGCGUCGAGCACGAUGCUGUUACUGCCCACUGAUGCACUGUUUGUGGUGUACGUACUCAGCCCGGCUCAUCUCCGGUGUUAACAACCGAGUGAGUUUGUGCGAAGUCGGCAGUGCUUCUUGAACUAUGGAGAGACUCGCCCCUGCCAUAGGACCGUGGACUUUCCACCACUGCCUCGGCGCUACGAGUGGAGAAUGGAACGCCUUGCGAUGUUUUUUGUUAGGAGGGAGAAGCGUUUGCCUUUUUAACUUUUACGCACUGCUUUCGGCGAGGUCGAAAUGGGAUGUCUUAAAGCAAUGGGCCUGAUCGUGGGUUUUACUGUGUUGUGUAGCACUGCGAACGUGUAACAUAACUUUAUACAUGCUCGUUACGUGUACUACAUUGAUAGUCCUAUGUACUAUAUAUGUACUAUAUAGUAUAUACAGUACUGUAUCUGAGUUAAACCUCAGUAGGGAAGUUCAGUUGAAAUUUCUAUCGGGGCUCUCUCCAAACUUUUGUCAUCCAUUAAAAUGAACUGGCCCUCGCCAUAGGAAUGUGGAAGUUCCAACAGCUGGCUUGGCGAGAGCAUAGGCACUCACCGUCACCUUUGUGCCGUGUACAGUAUAUGGCGUGUCUUUAAACAGCACCUUGGCUAAUAAAGCGCUGCGAGUAUUCACGUCAUCAGUUAAACGACUUACCAUGUACUGCAUAACUGAUCCCUCUGGCCCAGACUGCAGUGAUAAUACAGUACUGUAUACAGUAUAUACUGUAUCUAAUACCAUACAAAGUGCGUAAAGUGUCGAAUGUGUCUGUGUUCAAAAGUGCGGUCGUGGAUUGAUGUGGCCGCUCUUGGACAUCACUCGGCCACGGUAAACCUUUGUAAAUGUUACCAUUUUUUCUCCCCUCUAACGUGUAACAGAAUGUAUGAGUAUGUGUGUUUUUUGUUUGCGUUUGUCAUGGCUACUAUUUUGUUUGUACUUGCGUCAGUUUUCGUGACGCCCAAAACAGCCUGCCCGGCACUCGCAUCUCGUCCAUGACAUCUUUCGCGUGCGUCGUUUCACUUUAUAUUUUAAAAAAAGAGGGGGCAAACGAGAAGAAAAUAAACUUCACGUCGUGGUCGUACUGGUAAAAAAAAAAUACACCAUUUUCUCAUAUUUCCCGAUGCCUUCGUCAAGACGUUCUCUCUACAAACUUCGACCAGAGUUUGAAGCGAAGUGGGCGACUCUAACCCUUCUUCCUAUUUUAAGUUAAAACUAGCGCGCACACCUUUCGCCCAAACAGAUUUGGUGUCGACGGAAUAUCGCUUUUGUAGGCAUAAAUCAUGCUGGACUGUUAACAAAAAGACCAAAUAUGUUUUUUGCUUGUCCAAUCUUGAGUUUGUGACGUCUAUCUGAAAGUGGAAUUUAGUCAGAAAAAAAAGUCACAGAAGUGAUUUUUUUUUAAGUUUGAAACUUGAAAUCUUUUGAGCUUGGGGAAAGUCUUUUUGUACACUGAUAAAGCCUUAUUUUGUAAAUUAAACUAAAUAGCUCUUGACUAAAACAAGUCAGUAUUACCAUAGCUUUUAGACUUCUUUUGAAAAAAACUAGUAUUGCGUGUUAGAACUGGUGUACAAAGUGUUAAAAUGUCUUAAACGUAUCCUGAAACCAAAGCCUAUAGUAUAAAUAUGCAAAUGUAAUUUGGUGAGGCUUUUAUGUAAGUUAUUUUUUUCCAUUUUAUUUGGCACGUGUAACACAUUGAUUGGGUUUGACCCAGCUCCUAGCGCUUGUGUUUAACAUGGUUUUAUUCAUUCCGAACGUGACUGUGUGACGAUUAGUUCUACACGCUUUCAAAGCGCUUCAACACUUUGUAAGGAUAUUUAUUAAAACGCAAUAAAGUAAACGAGAGACUUGCAGAACUGGAUAUUGUGCUUUUGUUGCAAGUACCAAGUAUAUUGUCUGGGCGGGGUGAUGCUGUGGCCUGUUUACAGGGGUCAACUUAACUCAUCAUUCCUGUGGACAAUAAAAUGAGAGUCGCCGUGAAAA